CAUUUUAAUUUUCCGUUCUCUUCUCUUCUCUUCCCCUAUCUCUGCUCGCCGCCUUCUCUUCUCUUUCUAUCUCCUCACUCACUUCAAGUCUUUCAAGCUGGCGAUCGAAAACCAAGAAUCAACUGUCCGUGAAAUCAAGCCCAAAAACAGAAGAAUCAUGGGAGCUGGUGGACCUGAUGAAGAAGACAACAUGUGGCCGCCAUGGUUGAAGCCUUUGUUAAGAGAACAUUUCUUUGUUCAAUGCAAGCUUCAUGCUGAUUCUCACAAGAGUGAAUGCAAUAUGUACUGCUUAGAUUGUGUUAAUGGCGCUCUCUGCUCUUUAUGUCUAGCUUAUCACAAGGAUCAUCGAUGUAUUCAGAUUAGGAGAUCCUCAUACCAUGAUGUGAUAAGGGUAUCUGAGAUACAGAAAUACGUGGACAUAUCUGGUGUCCAAACCUAUGUUAUUAACAGCGCUAAAGUUGUCUUCAUCAACGAGAGGCCUCAACCCAGGCCCGGAAAAGGCGUCACCAACACUUGUGAGGUCUGUGACCGUAGCCUCGUCGACUCCUUCCGAUUCUGCUCUCUUGGUUGCAAGGUUGUGGGCACAUCGGGAAAUUUCCAGAAGAAGAGGAGGCACACGGCGGUCAUGGCAUCGGACUCCGAAGAUUCAUGCAGCAGCAGCAGCAGCCGCCAUGGAAAGCAGCCAUAG